AUUUAAACUCAGAGUUCAAUCAGGGCAAUGCAGCAGUUUCAUCUGGAAUGCAUUCAUAGUUUUUGUCUCGGUUAAUCUAAACGGACCCUGUGCUCCCAGAGCUCGACGAUCUCUGUCGUGAACGCUUUAUGCAUGAUCUGUGCCAUGGCCAAGCACAACCCUGACCUGGUCAUGUGCAGGAAGCAGCCAGGGAUCAGCAUCGGCCGUCUCUGCGAGAAGUGUGACGGGAAGUGCGUGAUCUGUGACUCCCUCGUCCGUCCCUGCACACUCGCCCAUGUCUGUGAUGAGUGCAACUUCGGGUCCUGUAUGGGCCGUUGCGUUGUCUGUGGAGGGGUAGGGAUCUCUGACGCAUACUACUGCAAGGAGUGCACGCAGCUGGAGAAGGACCGGGAUGGGUGCCCAAAGAUCGUUAACCUAGGCAGUGCUAAGACUGAUCUUUUCUAUGAACGUAAGAAAUAUGGAUUUAAGAAAAGAAUAUGAAUGAUGAUCAAAUGUUGUAUUCGCGUUCGCUUGACCUAGGUGAGUUGAAGUUAAUUUCAAAAUCAUAUAUAUCCCGAACAUUUUGAUGAUUAUAUAUGGUUUACCCUCAUGUCCUUAAAGAAAAAUAUAUUAGU